AUGAAAUAUUUGUACACUACAUUAGGAGGCAGCGUGGCCGAGUGGUCUAAGGCGCUGGUUUUAGGCACCAGUCCGAAAGGGCGUGGGAAAGAAAUGGCAAAUAGAUUCACUAAAUCCGCAAUAAACUGGGCAGAAUUAGAGAAACGAGUUCCGAAAGAACAGAAAGCUAAUUUCUUUGCUUUUAAAGGAAAGUCAGAUGGUUAUCUCAGACGAGUGCAAGCGAAUCCUCCAGAACCGCCAAAAAUUAAUUGGGAGGCAUACAAUAAAAUGGUACCUGUGCCUGGCCUCGUAGACAAAUUGAAGGCUGAGUAUGAGAAAUUCAAAGUUCCUUUCCCCGAGGACAAUAUGUCCGUAAAAGUAGACGAGCAAUGGAAAUCUUUGGAACCAGAAAUAAAAAGUUUCUGCGCUGAAAUGCAGAAGAAUAUAGACGAUGCAUCGAAGGAACUAUCUCGUGUAAGAGCCCUCCCUAAGUUCGAAGAUAUGACAUUGGAAAUGUUUGCGGAUAUGUAUCCGAAAAUAGCUUUAAAUCCAGUUGAAAGACCCACAUUUUGGCCACACGAUGCCGAAGAACAGGUAGGUUAUGAACCACCAGCACCGAAGGCGGACAAGAAGUGA